CAACCUAACCUCCAAAUCGUUCGACGACGGCCAACCAUCAAAGUCACCGUCCAGACGACUAUGUAACUGAUACACGUAUAUAAGAGGGCGGCUGGGCAGCUCUGUGUGCGCUGCGCGAGAAAGAGGGAGAGAAAGUCUCCUCGUCAUCGUUUUCCCCGGAAGAGAGUGUGAGGGAGAGAAAGAAAUCUGUCGUUGUCGUCGCCGCUGCCGUCGGUGGGUUACAUCCACGUCCGCACCCGUGUCCCCCCUCUGUGUUCUCGUGCACCGCCCCCAUGUGUCCCCGAACCAGGAUGCAGUCAUCGUUGUCCUGAUCAACCGUCCUACGUAUGAGAAGUUCGCGAAGGGCAUAGACGAGAGCGAUCAAUCCCAGGAUGGCCCUCGGCUGCUCGUCUACCUGAGAGCGGAUUCCCCGGGCUCGAUACAUUCUAACCUGCUGCUUCUGCUGUCCUGGUUUCUCCCCCGCAACUGUCUGCUUUCUCCGAAGCGGAGAAUUGAAGGCAGCCUGGACUUGAAUCCUGGUGCCUCUGACGACGAUGCGAAAUAAUUCAAAAACCAGAGAGAUGUUUAUCGUGCGAGCUUUGGAAAAAAUACUUGCUGACCGAGAUGUCAAGCGUUCUCAUCUCUCUCAGCUCAGGCGAGCCUGUGAGGCAGCUCUUGAGGAUCUUCAUAAUGAAAUCAAAGAAAGUCCAAAUAAUCAAGGUGAAGAAGCUCCGUCAAAUGCUCUACCACAGCCCAAGAGCGACUCCAAUUUCAUCAGUGCAGAAAAGUAUUUCCUGCCAUUUGAGCUGGCAUGUCAGAGCAAGUCUCCCCGAAUAGUAGUGACUUCUCUGGACUGUUUGCAGAAGCUCAUAGCUUAUGGUCAUCUCACAGGCAGUAUUCCAGAUUCUACUGACCCUAAUAAGCUUUUGAUAGUUCGCAUAGUCGAAACUAUAUGCAGUUGCUUCAUGGGCCCACAGACAGAUGAAGGUGUUCAGCUACAAAUCAUUAAGGCUUUAUUGACUGUUAUGACAAGUCAGCAUGUCGAAGUUCACGAGGGAACUGUACUCCUAACAAUAAGAACUGUUUAUAAUGUUUAUUUAGCAUCUAGAAAUUUAGUUAAUCAAACAACUGCUCGGGCAACCCUAACUCAGAUGAUCAAUGUCAUCUUUGCACGGAUGGAAACUCAAGCUGAGGAAGAAAGUUUGAAGCCUGAGCCUGAGCCACAGAACACAUCAAUCUCUGUGAUCCCUGAAGCUGAAAGUGAAGUUAUGUUGAAUCAAAAUCCAGAUACAGUAGUCCAGAACAAUCCAGAUGCACCUGACAUACCAUCACAGUCACUGGACCAAGAUGCACCUGUGAUGGAAGAAGAACAACCUCCUCCUCCAGCUGAACCAGUAGCAGACACCGCUAGUGAAUCUCAACUGAUAGUGCGCUCGAUGCUCGAUGACGUGAUAAACAGGAUCGUACCAAUCGAUGAACAGCCAGAGUUGCCUGAAACAACAAUCAUUGAACCAGUUCCCACGACUGAACCAGAGCAGCAGCCACAGCAACAGCUACAGCAGCCGUCAACAGAAGCAGAGCAGCAACCGCCAGCCACUCCUACGACACCCACGGCACCGAUUCCACCCUUGACUCCUACGACGGAAGAACAACAACAGCAGCAACAAUCAGCUAAUAGCCCCGUCGAUGAAACGCAGGAUGAAGCGGUGGCUGAGAGCGAUAAUAUGGUCACGGCCAAAUUUACACACGUACUUCAAAAAGAUGCAUUUUUAGUUUUUCGGGCCUUAUGCAAGCUGUCCAUGAAACCUCUACCUGAUGGAACUCCAGACCCUAAAUCGCACGAGUUAAGAUCGAAAAUACUCUCACUGCAGCUGCUACUCGGUAUACUACAAAACGCAGGACCGAUCUUGCGCUCCAAUGAGAUGUUUGUGAUCGCGAUUAAGCAAUAUUUGUGUGUUGCUUUAUCAAAGAACGGCGUGUCUUCGGUACCUGAGGUUUUCGAACUAUCGCUCGCCCUAUUUCUUGUUCUGCUUGCUCGCUUCAAGGUUCACCUCAAAAUGCAAAUUGAGGUGUUUUUCAAAGAGAUCUUCAUGAACAUCCUUGAGACGUCGAGUAGCUCGUUUGAGCACAAGUGGAUGGUCAUUCAUGCGUUAACGCGCAUCUGUGCUGACGCUCAGAGUGUUGUCGAUAUAUAUGUCAACUACGACUGUGAUCUCGCUGCUGCUAAUCUGUUUGAAAGGCUAGUGAACGACCUGUCGAAGAUAGCGCAAGGAAGGCAAGCCCUUGAACUAGGUGCUUCACCGAACCAAGAGAAGUCGAUGCGCAUCCGAGGACUCGAGUGCUUAGUAUCAAUUCUAAAAUGCAUGGUCGAGUGGAGUCGCGAUUUGUACGUAAACCCCUCUGCGGGUGCAGAGCAGCAAAUCCUACCUGCGGAGCCACCUGACCCACCUCUCGACUCUGCUUCAACCAAUUCUGCAAGCGGUGGUGGUAAUGGAAAUGGAAAUCGACUUCUACCAAGAUAUGGUAGCGCUGGUAGUCUAUCAUCGGCCAAUUCAAGUCUUGUGGGUAACAAAGAGGUACCUGACUCACCCGAGCAGUACGAAGUGCAAAAACAGCAAAAAGAAGUCUGGGAAACUGGUAUCGAAAUAUUCAAUCGGAAACCAAGCAAAGGUGUGCAAUACCUGCAGGAGCAAGGCCUGUUAGGGGCAACGGUGGAUCAUGUUGCACGUUGGCUUCACGUAGACGAUCGGCUGGACAAGACAGCGAUCGGUGACUUUCUUGGUGACCACAAUCACAAUCAGGUCAUGUACAAUUAUAUCGAUCAGAUGGACUUUGCGGAUCGUGACCUUGUCACCGCCCUACGCUAUUUCCUUGAGGGCUUCAGACUACCCGGAGAGGCUCAAAAGAUCGACCGACUAAUGGAGAAGUUCGCUAGUCGAUACUGCGAGUGCAAUCCCAACAAUGGCCUUUUCACGAGUGCCGAUACCGCUUACAUACUCGGUUUCUCGAUAAUAAUGUUGACUACUGACCUUCACUCGCCGCAAGUGAAAAAUAAAAUGACCAAGGAACAGUACAUUAAAUUGAAUAGGCGAAUAAGCGACAACGAAGAUUUGCCCGAGGAAUACCUCUCGAAAAUUUACGAUGAAAUAGCGGGCAAUGAAAUCAAAAUGAAAUCAAAUCCAAACAGACCCGGAAAACAAGUAAUAUCGAGCGAAAAGAAACGUCGCUUGCUCUGGAAUAUGGAGAUGGAGGUGAUAUCGACGGCUGCUAAGAACCUGAUGGAGUCUGUGAGUCACGUGCAGGCGCCUUUCACUACAGCUAAACACCUGGAGCACGUACGACCGAUGUUCAAAAUCGCGUGGACUCCAUUCCUUGCUGCGUUCAGUGUCGGCCUGCAGGACUGUGAUGAUCCAGAGAUAGCCUCACUCUGUCUCGAUGGCAUUCGCUGUGCCAUUCGCAUUGCUUGCAUUUUCCACAUGACGUUGGAAAGGGACGCUUAUGUGCAAGCACUGGCAAGGUUUACCCUUUUGACAGCCAACUCGCCCAUCACAGAAAUGAAGGCAAAGAACAUCGACACGAUCAAAACUCUGAUCACGGUAGCACACACUGACGGCAACUACCUCGGCAGUUCGUGGCUCGACGUUGUCAAAUGCAUCUCACAACUUGAGCUCGCCCAACUCAUUGGCACUGGCGUUAGACCUCAACUUCUUGGACCGCCAUCCAAGCCACACUUUCCAUCGCCUCUCGCUAAUUUUACUAACCUCACUCAUAACAAUUCGCAUCAAUCCAAUGGGCUCAAUCUCAGUUCGCUCGAUCCGAGCGUGAAAGAGUCUAUUGGUGAAACGAGUUCGCAAAGCGUAGUUGUAGCUGUCGAUAGGAUUUUCACUGGCUCGACGAGGCUUGACGGUGAUGCUAUCGUUGAAUUCGUAAAAGCUCUGUGUCAGGUUUCAUUAGAAGAGCUGGCACAUCCAACGCAGCCGCGUAUGUUCUCUCUGACAAAAAUUGUUGAGAUCUCGUACUACAACAUGGGACGUAUCCGUCUCCAAUGGUCACGAAUUUGGCAAGUGAUAGGUGAGCACUUCGACCGGGUCGGGUGCAGUCCUCGACAGGACAUUGCCUUCUUCGCAGUAGAUUCAUUGCGUCAGCUUGCAACCAAGUUCAUCGAGAAGGGAGAGUUUGCCAACUUUCGCUUCCAGAAGGACUUCCUUAGGCCAUUUGAGCACAUCAUGAAGAAGAAUCGUUCGCCUGUUAUUCGAGACAUGGUAGUCCGCUGCGUCGCCCAGAUUGUACACUCGCAGGCACCCAACAUAAGGUCGGGUUGGAAGAACAUUUUCAGCGUGUUCCAUCAUGCGGCUGGUGACAGGGAUGAGGCCGUCGUCGAGCUCGCGUUCUCCAUGACUGGCAAAAUUAUAAAUGAAUUAUACGCAGAAGACUUCAGCAUCAUGGUGGACUCGUUCCAAGAUGCGGUCAAGUGCCUGAGCGAGUUUGCGUGCAACGCCUCGUUCCCUGACACUAGCAUGGAGGCCAUAAGACUGAUACGCGCUUGUGCCUCCUACAUUGAUGCGAAUCCGCAGCUCUUUGCCGAGGGUAUGAUGGACGACAACGGAAUGGUCUCCGAAGAAGAUAGAGCCUGGGUAAGGGGUUGGUUCCCGUUGCUGUUCGAGCUGUCCUGCGUAGUGAGCCGGUGUAAGCUUGACGUGAGAACACGUGCGCUCACUGUUCUUUUCGACGUAGUCAAGACGCACGGCGCUUCAUUCAAGCCGCAUUGGUGGAAGGACCUGUUCCAAGUUCUUUUCCGCAUCUUCGACAAUAUGAAGCUACCAGAACAACACACGGAGGUGAAUGAUCAGAAUUUAAACGAGGACGGAUCCGCGCACAACGUAACGAAAGCUGAAUGGAUGACAACAACGUGCAACCAUGCACUUUACGCUAUAGUAGACGUGUUCUCGCAGUUCUACGACACUCUAGGCCCUCUACUUCUUGAACAGUUAUACGCUCAGCUUCUCUGGUGCGUGCAGCAGGAUAAUGAGCAGCUUGCGCGUUCUGGCACGAAUUGCCUUGAGAAUCUUGUUAUCAGCAAUGGUAUCAAGUUUGACAAGGACACCUGGAACAAGACAACGCGCUGCGUGCUCAAUAUUUUCACCAGCACCUUACCCACGGAUUUACUCACCUGGAAACCUCAACCAUCCAAUAAAGAGUCGGACCUAGACGUCAUAACAGGCGAUGCUGAUUCACACAUCGGAAUUCUAAAACGCAGUAAUAGUAGCCAGAGUCUUUCAGCGGUAGAAACGACGCGUGUCAAAAUAUUCGCAGCUCUGCUCAUCAAAUGCGUUGUCCAACUUGAGCUUAUCCAGACUAUCGAUAAUGUCGUUUUUUAUCCGGCCACUUCGAGGAAAGAGGAUCAGGAAAACCUUGCUGCAGCACAGGCUGACAUGUUAAACAGCAAAUCUGAAAUCGGUGUCAUCGGAACAGGUGGCGACCAGCAAAAGGAGGAGCAAGGCAUGUAUUGUGCGCUGCCAGCUUCGCAUCUACUGCAACUAGUCGACUGUCUAUUAGCAUCGCAUCGCUUCGCCAAAAGCUUUAAUUCAAAUCACGAGCAACGCAAUAUACUGUGGAAAGCGGGCUUUCGAGGCAACGUUAAGCCAAACUUACUCAAACAGGAAACCCAAUCCUUGGCUUGCGCUCUGCGUAUUCUGUUUAAGAUGUACAGCGACGAAUCACACCGUACAGACUGGAACUUAGUCGAGUCGCGACUAGUUGAAGUCGCUUCUGAAGCCCUCGAUUACUUUUUGAGUUUGUCGAGCGAGGCGCAUCGUGAGGCCUGGACACCGAUUCUCCUAUUACUGCUAGCUCGUAUCCUCAAGAUGCCUGACUCAAGGUUUGCGGUACACGCCUCCAGCGCCUAUGCAGCGCUCUGCGAAAUCAUGUGUUUCGACCUCAAACCCGAACUCAGGUCCGCUCUCAGGAGAUUCUUCCUAAGGAUUGGCCCGGUAUUCAGGAUUACACAACAGUAACGGCCUGCUCAUCUCUAAUCGUACGCGAACUGAUGUUAUGAGUUGCUGCGAGGUUGUGUAUAUGUGAUGAGAUAAAGUUUUUCAUUUAUUUAUGCUGCAAGCUUGUAGCGAGUUUUGUUUCUAACUCUUUUGGGAGUGAUGGUUUUGUAAAUUAUUCGAAUACUGUUUUGUAUAUAAGUGUAAGGAUAAAUCGUUGAGUACACAUAGAAGAUAAUUUUCGAUUGCUGUUCUUGUCUAGUAUAAGCUACGACACUGAGCUUAAUAUGCAUUUGCUUUUGUUGUAGUGAAGGUUAUUUGGAAAAAAUUUCGUGGUUGUUAUAAAUGCGUUUGAUUAAUGUCGUACGAAUUUCAUAAAAGAUAGCUUGCGGCAUAUAUAAUCAAAAAACUUUCGUUUGGAACCUAUGAAACUGGUCGCCGCUUUUUGUAUUUGUCGACUAGAAAUGGAUUGUUUCGAUAUGACGUGGAAUUCGAAUCUGAAGUUACGAUAGUUUUAUGAUUGCAAGAAUAAGCUAUUGGUUGUACAGUGUGAUAGAAUUAAUAAAUGCAAAUAGUAACAUUUCAUCGAGUCUUCAUUAAUGAAAUCGUGAAUAUGAUGUUCGAAAAAUGUGCUUAAAGUAUUCAUAAACGGAAAUUUUAUUCGUGUAAGCAAAAAUAACGAGAUGACUAUUUAUACAAAUAAAUGAAAUAGCUUUGAAAUACAAGAAAUUUAAUUUUCAUGCGUAGCUUUUCAGAAUUUACAAUACACACAUUUUAAUUAAUGUCUUAAUUUGUGGUUACUUUUUUCUAUCUUAUGUAAAUACAAUGGUGGUAAUAACCUCUACACAAGCAUUCAUCACAUCGCCAACUUACCUUAGCUGUACAGCCAAUGCAGUUUCAAAAGGGCAGGAACCAAUCUUAUGCUCUUUAUUCCUAAAUAUAUGAGCAGUUUUAACGCCCUAUGUUGACUAAAAUCUAAUAGAUUGCAAAAGCAAAAUUAUCUUCUAUUAGAAGAGACUAAAAUCUAUGAACUAUACUAAUUUUAACUUUAAGCAAAGCAAAUCCAUCCUAAUAACCGUUACUUGCUAGUGGUAAACUUUUGAUUCACGUAUUUUGUUUCUUACCAGCAGUGCCACAGAAGUAUAUAUAUAUAUAUAUUUAGUUACAAGCGUACGUGCACGGUGAUACAAAUUAAUUUAUAGGUCAUAUUAUUAUAAAACUUAAAUAUAAUGCAUAAAAUGAUUCUUGUAUAAUUUAAUCAAAUUCAAGCUUUGAACUUGUAUUGAGUUUUGCGUCGGCAUUAUUUGAUCAAUCUAUGGUUAGUGCGAUAUUUUUUCAAAAAAUGCUGCGUUAAAUAGACGAGUGAUCAAUAACCGAACGUAUGUUUGAUCUAGCAUGAUAAUGAUCUAGCAUGAUAUACUGUAAAAAUGUAUUUAUUGUAUCGCAGGAAUGAAUUGUAAAUAUUGUGCGUUUUUCAUAUUUAUCACGUUUUCGAAGUAUUUAAUACAAAAGUAUUUUUUUCCAAAAUUGAAAACUUUUUCGUGAUAAAAAUUUUAUGUAUUUAUGUUUACAAUCAACAUGAAAUGUUGUUAAGAGAAAAAUUUCCUUAGUGUGUGUACGAUCACAUAAAUUGAGUAUUGAAAACGUCGGAGCAAACCGUACAUAGCUAUUUAACGGACUUUUAUUUUCGCGCAGAGUUGAUUGAUCGAAUGCUUAGUCAUAAAGCCGAUGCCCUUUAUAAAUGAUUUCUUCAUUACCGUUCAGCUGUGCGAGAGUCGACUGAAACGCAAUAUCCUCAAGAUCGUUGAUUUCACUUCUAUUUUAUUCGUAGGAAUUGAGUAGCAGUUUUUUUGUUAUACGUAGCAUGUACAGUGAAUGACUUACAUAAGUAUGAAACAAAUUAUAUCAACUUAUAAAUACUAUACAUACACACGCGAAUGCACGACAAAGCGCUCGCGCGUUCGAUAAUGUAUCAUAUAUUCGUACUCGAUUACCCGAUUGUCCACGCUCAAGUGGACCAUAUUUGUUUUUAUAGAUGGUACAAUUUUAAUAAACGCUAUAGUCACAA